GAGUCAUGAACGCCGGCUAUUGGUCAGGUGCAUGUGACGUGAGCGGAACCGGAUGUUGUGAUCCCCUGCGAUGUGAACAAGAUGAUCGGAGAUCUGUUGAUAUUCGGGACCCUGCUUAUAAACGCAGGCGCUGUGCUGAAUUUCAAACUCAAGAGGAAGGAAUCCCAAGGAUUUGGGGAUGAAGGCGGGAGGCCGAAAACGGGCGACAAUAUCAGAGAAUUUCUGCUCAGUCUGCGGUACUUUCGCGUCUUCAUUGCUUUGUGGAACGUCUUCAUAAUGUUCUGCAUGGUCGUAUUGUUUGGCUCCUGAUGGGUUCCCUGGAGGCUGGGAUCCUGGGAUCCUGCAACACGCGGAUCCCCUCAAGAACCCGUUUUCAUCCAGUCCAUUUUAAAUGUAACUACUUCAGCUUCUCUUCGUAACAUGCGUUGUGCAAUACUUCUUUCUACUCAAUAUGUAUUUGGUCUUCUACACGAGACAGACGUAUACGAUGGGUUUCGUUUGGACUUCCUUGUUUUUAUUCCAGCUUUGAGUAUGGAAUGUGUGUGGCCCGGCUAGGUACGUGGUGUUGGUAUUUGUCUCUUAUAGCAGAUGUUAACUAGUGCGUUCCCCACAACAAACAUAUUCCUUUAAAGCUCCAAAAAUGAUUCUGGGGCGGAAA